AUAACUUAGUGGUGAAGAAGAAGAAACGUCUGAAGACUUUACUGGGUUGUUGUAAAUAUCUGCUGAACAAAUGUCGUCUUGGGUUUUAUAAUAACUCACAGCGACAGAUCAGAUGUUUAUAAUCACCUGUCAUCAUCAUCAUCAGCAUCAGCAAGUAGCCCGAGUCUGACUUCAGUCCAUGACCAGACCUCAAAAUGGGACGGAGAAGGGGGUGUGAUGUCCGGUCCUGUCCAUCUGACACACAGCCUUUCAGUCCACACACACACUCCUCCACAGAGAGCCAUACUGACACACACUCCUCCAGCACUUCCAGAUGUUAUGGAUACCUGCAGAGCACAAAGCACAGCAUUUGCAUGGUGUCUGACUUCUUUUACCCCAACAUGGGUGGUGUGGAGAGCCACAUCUAUCAGCUCUCACAGUGCCUCAUAGAGAAGGGCCACAAGGUUGUGAUAGCAACACAUGCCUAUGGCAACCGGCGUGGCAUACGCUACCUCACCAAUGGUCUGAAAGUGUAUUACCUUCCUCUUCAGGUGAUGUAUAACCAAUCCACAGCCACCACCUGCUUUCACAGUCUGCCACUGCUCAGAUGUGUGUUCGUACGUGAGCGUAUCACUGUGGUUCAUGCCCACAGCUCCUUUUCAGCCAUGGGCCAUGAUGCUCUCUUCCAUGCCAAGACCAUGGGUCUCAACACUGUGUUCACUGACCACUCGCUUUUCGGAUUCGCCGACCUCAGCUCUGUGCUGACCAAUAAACUGCUUACUGUGACUUUAUGCGACACCAACCACAUCAUAUGUGUGUCCUACACCAGCAAGGAGAACACUGUACUGAGGGCUGCCCUAGACCCUGACAUUGUCUCUGUCAUCCCCAAUGCGGUCGACCCCACUGAUUUCACGCCUGACCCCAGUCGCCGUGACAACAACAAGAUAACCAUAGUCGUAGUAAGCCGGUUGGUCUACAGGAAAGGAAUUGACCUGCUGGGAGGAAUCAUCCCAGAGCUAUGUGCCAAGUAUCCAGAUCUCUGCUUUCUGAUUGGUGGAGAAGGUCCUAAGCGCCUUGUUCUAGAAGAAGUUAGAGAGAAAUAUCAGCUUCAUGACAGAGUGCGUCUACUGGGGGCUCUGGAUCACAAGGAUGUACGGGAUGUGCUGGUGCAAGGUCAUAUCUUCCUGAACACAUCAUUAACUGAAGCUUUCUGCAUGGCCAUAGUAGAGGGAGCCAGCUGUGGCUUGCAGGUAGUGAGCACUCGUGUUGGAGGUAUACCAGAAGUUCUCCCUGAUGAGUUGGUGACCCUGUGUGAGCCAACAGUCAGCUCCCUUUGUGUCGGCUUGGAAAAGGUCAUCGCCAAGCAACGCGCAGGCAAAGUGCCCUCACCUGCAGCCAUCCACCAACAGGUCAAAACUCUCUACACCUGGAGAAAUGUCGCUGAUCGCACAGAAAAGGUGUAUGACCGUGCAUGCAGGCAGCCAGUUCUUCCCUUACCUGCUCGACUACAGAGGCUGCGCUCUCACUGUGGUUCUGUCGCUGGCUCUAUAUUCUCCUUUGUGGCUGUCAUUGACUUCCUCUUCCUUCUAUUCCUGCAGUGGCUUUGGCCCAAUGACCUCACUGAUGUUGCUCUGGAUGCGACAGGGCCCGGUGGUUGUUGGCAGCAGAGCUUUAGAAAGUAAGAGAGUAAAUACCUGAAUGCUCCACGGUGUGCUGUUGCUAAUACAAGACUGUUACGUCUGGCAAGGAUUCAGCUUCUGAUAUUUGGGACCAUGUUUUAACUUCCAAAGAUUCUAAACAAGUGCACUGAAUUUACCUGUUUACAUUCCAGUGAAAGGUGUCUGGUGCAACUGUGAUAAACUACUUUAUUCCACAAAAAGUGUGUAGUAGAUAUGAAAUCGGUCGAGAAGACUAAAUCCUCAUUUAUUAAACCACUUUAACCUG